CCCAGCUGCGGUCGAGGGAGGGAGUUGCUGAGGCUGGCUUGUGGAUUGUUUUCCACAAGGUCCUUGCUGUUUUGGGGGUCCCUCUAAAGUUUGCAGUCGUGGCGUGAGGCCCAGCGGCCCACGAGCACAAGGUGGGAAGCUCCGUGGCACCGACAGGCUUUGAAAAGGGGCUGUCUCUCCCUCCGGCUUGGGGAAGGUUGGGUGCCACAACCUGGCUUUUAGGGUGGGCGUCCCUGGGCUCCCUCUUAAUGCCCCGGUGGGCAUUUUCCGUAGCCUUGCCCUUCUUUCGUAACACAGUCCUUGCUCGAGGCAGGUUAUUUCAAGACGCUGGCCGAGAAGUCCGGCUGUGCUUUUGAGGCCCCGCAGCGGCGGCUCAGCAAGGAUUGGCCCCCACACGUGCUCAGGGUCCGUGUGCUGGCCGCGAAGGACGUGCUUGUCCAGGCCAGAAGCACCCCUUGCGCCCCCAGUGACUUUCUGACCCCCAGAACCAGCUCGUACGCGCCCCCCAGGUAGUGUCAGCUCUUAGCAGCAGUGCCUUCUGUUCCGGCCAACGUGAGUUUGAGUCCUGCCCUGCAGGAUCGCUGGCCCUUGUGCGAUGGAAGGACCAUGGGAUUGCUUGGUCGUCUGGGGAGAGGGGCUGGAGGCUGGAGGCCCAGAAACAGAGCCCUCUUUCUCUGCCCAGGAAGCGGGGAGCCCCUUCCCAUCCGCCGGCAGGUUUGGGAGUACGACCUCUGCAGGGGAGGAGGCCCUAGAGAAGGGGCCGGGCUUUGCCGCUGCAGGUGGCCUCACCGUGUGACCUUUCCCCUACAUGCAGCCACUUGCUCCCCUCCCCUCCCCUCGCCUGCCCUGCCCAACCCGCUGCCUGGCAGAGAGGGAAACGAAAGGCUGGCUCUGCCCCCGGUUUCACCCAGCGGGAGGCGUGGCUGUGGCCAGAGCAGAAAGCCAAGGGCUGCCAAAGGCCGAGGCUGGGCAGAGCUCCGUGCUGCUCAGGCUGGGCGCUGGGGGGCAUCGAUGCCAGUAGCCCCUGCUUGCUAGAGGAGAGGGGCUUGCUCACCUCCCAUCAGGGUCGCCCCGGGUUCUGGAGCUCUUGCAAGGCUUCUACCCGGGUGGAACCCACGCCAUGGAGCCCUCCUCCGGCCGGGCUGCGGCGGCCUCUCUCUCUCCCCCGGUGGAUUUUGUCCUGGGCGCCACGGCGUGCUGCAUGGCCUGCGUGUUCACCAACCCGCUGGAGGUGGUGAAGACCCGCCUGCAGCUGCAGGGGGAGCUCCGUUCUCGGGGCUCGUACCAUCGCCACUACCGAGGGGUGCUGCAGGCCACGCUGGCCGUCAGCCGGGCCGAUGGUCUCCGGGGCCUGCAGAAGGGGCUGGCGGCUGGACUGCUGUACCAGGGGCUGAUGAACGGCGUGCGCUUCGGCUUCUACUCCCACGCCGAAGAUGUCGGCUUAACCCAGCAUCCGGGAGGGACCGUUGCGGCUGGAGCCGUGGCCGGGGCGCUGGGGGCGUUUGUUGGUAGCCCGGCCUACCUGGUCAAGACGCAUCUACAAGCACAGACGGCGGCUGCCGUAGCUGUGGGACACCAGCACAACCACGAGAGCGUUUCCGGGGCCUUUGAGGCCAUUUACAAGCAGCAGGGGCUGCUGGGGCUGUGGCGAGGCGUGAACGGGGCGGUGCCACGGGUCACAGUGGGCUCGUCCGUGCAGCUGGCCACCUUUGCCUCCGCCAAGGAGUGGGUCGCAAAGCAGCAGUGGUUCAAGGAAGGCAGCUGGAUGGUGGCCCUUGCUGGCGGCAUGAUCAGCAGCGUGGCCGUGGCGGUGGCCAUGACUCCCUUCGAUGUGGUGAGCACGCGGCUCUACAACCAGCCAGUGGACGAAACGGGCAUGGGCAAGCAUUACCGCGGCUUCUUCGACUGCUUCGUGCGGGUCUCGGGGAAGGAAGGCGUCCUGGCCCUGUACAAGGGCCUCGGCCCCGCUUACCUCCGCCUGGGACCGCACACCGUCCUCAGCCUCCUCUUCUGGGACGAGCUGCGGGGGCUCACCUGCUGGCAGCAGGCCACCUGAACCCACCGCACCGUUGGGAGCCACCGGCCACAGAGGAGAGCGGGGCCGGGGGGCCGGCCCGGCAGCUUUCCCAGGGGCUCUUCCUCCAGCAGACCGGCCUCCUCUUCCAGCUGGCGCCCUCUUGGAUUCGGGGCCCAGGAACGUCGUCUGUCGCGCGUGGCGUGUCUGCCCACCCCAGAUAUGGAGCGGCGAAGGGGGCUUGAAGGUCAAGGACCCCGCAGUGCCAGUUGUAGUCUUUAAGCAGAGUGGCAGCUUCAGCCGCCCCCCUUUUUUGGGGGGGUCCCAAAUGCACCGCCUGACGAAGGCCUAUUUGUAGCGGAUUGGAUUUUGCUCCUGCCAGCUCCCGCUUUGACUUGCCCACCCGGGCCAGAGACGCUUAAACUGAACGGCCAGGAAAGCAGGCGGGGGCAGGGGGCGGGCGGCUCUCCCCACGGGAGAGGAAGGAGCACCAUCCCCCUGGAACGCGGAGGCUGGGACUGGCAGGCGGAUUGCGACCCAGCGGCUGAAUUUGGGCUGAAGCAGGUAAAGCAGGAAGGGCCAGGAGGCAGAGGAGGAGGAAGCAGAUGGGGGGAGAGAGGCAGGGCUCUGGGGAGCGACAAGUAAGCCGCACGCAGCUGGGGCUGGUUCUCUGGGCAGAGCGCGGCACUUCCCGUGCUUAAAACAUGGAGAUCUCCUUCGCUGGCAUGGCAGGGCAGACUCCGGGACUGACUCAGGGCAAGAACUUGGGAAACGUCCUGUUGUCUCUUCUGUCCUGACCUUUGGGACCCAUCGAAGGGACACGGGGGGAAGCACGGGAGGGCCGUGUUGCAACCGUUGGGGUCAAGGAGGCUGCGUCUGCCAGGAACUUCCAGGAACCUCAGCGUUGGGCAGGGCCCAGAUGCCAACUCCGAGCAUUGCCGUCUCCAGCGGGGCAGGGAGGCCACAGUGGCUGAAGGCUGGCCGUAGACUCUGCUCCUCCCACCCGAAGACAGAGGUGCUUUCCCUGCGCCGUUUGUUUACGGGUGGCUCGUCGGAAGCGUCUUUUGGCUGGGCAAAGUUUAGCUGACGAAGUUGGCCACGUUUGGCUUUAAACCACCCGGAAGCGGCUGGUGCGCUGGGACCCAAGGGCCGCGUUCGGUGCUGGAAGGUGCGGUUCAGACCCUUUGCUGCCCCGAACUGAAUGGCCCCGGCAGCCCUCCGGCCUGGCCUGGCGCUGUAGCAGGACUGGGGCAGAGAGAAGCUACGGAUGUAUCUGCCGCUUCCGUUGUAAAAAUAAAAGCACCCUUUCAACAAGUUGCACAGAAA